AUGAAGCGCUAUAAACGUAAACGAGGAAAGAAAACAUCAAUAAUAAAACAAGAAUCACCUGUUGCUAAUUCAAAUCCUAAUCAAUCAAACUCUCUAACCGUCGGAGACGAUUCACCACCUAAUAUACAGUAUGCAAAAAUGCGUAUUAUAUCGUCGCCAGUCUUUCAAUUACGUGAUAUAAUUCGUGCUCUAUUAUCAUCCGCUCCACCAUCAUGUGAUCUUAUAUCAACAUUUUUAACUUAUGGUCAAUCAUUAGGUGCAUCAGCUAUUCAUGGAUAUCUUGUUGAUCGUUGUUAUGAUACUCAAACACUGAUAAAUGAUGAAUUUUCUUCUUAUCAAGGUGUUGCAUUAUGUAUAACAUAUGAUGCACAAUUAACUGAACAACAAUGGGAAGAUGUUUUUGGAAUUCAUGAAUCAACAUCGACAAUAUCAAAAACCGCAUCUUCAUUUUUUCAUUUAGCUGAUUUUUUAUGUAUAUUAAGUGGUUCACGUGUUGUAUAUUAUGAUCCAAAUGAACGUAUGACAAAUGAUGAACGUGCUUAUGUAUCAAUAUUUGAUCUUGAAAAUGAUGAUAUUGAAAUGUUUCAAGAUCAAUUUUCU